CUUCAGAACAGCCAAUGGCUGAUCUGAAUAUACGGUCACGAACUAGUGUGGGGAUGCGGUGCUACGGUGCCGUUGCUCCAGCCAAAUCGCAUGCGCGUGGAGAUCGGUCUCUUUUAUUAUUCCUUCGUUUCGGUAGUUGAGUUCUGAUAUCUGCAACAAGAAGUGAGACGAAGAAUUCUGCUUUUCAUUUCAAGUACAUUGUGUUGUGUGAUUCUAAAUUAUAUAUAAUCUCUGAAGGCGUGUUGCGUGUCAGACUAACGGACUGCAUUUGAGCACAAACUAACCUCCGAAUAUUAUUUUAUAGUAUAACUAUUAUACAUGUUCUAAAUUGUUAUUUCGGCACCUACAGUCACAGUGUGAAUUUACUGGAGAAGAUUUCAUCACUUCAUUGUCAUUUGGUUACAUCAUUGUCGGUGUCCAAGGUUUUCAAAAUAUGGUUUUUCAACAGAUAAAGGAAAAAGUGUUUUUUCCUGCCCGAUCCUUAAAAAUUAACUCUAGAGAAUGUUAUUUCUAAGGAAAUAGACCCUCUCCCCAGGCGUCUAAAAGGAAUUAUGAAGAAAAUUUUGAAAAUGAUUAGUAUCUUUUACAUUCAACUGGAAUAGCUGUUGCCAAUCGAAAAUUAAAGACUUACAAGCAGACAUACGCGACAAACAAAUAGUGAAUUACUUCACUUAUGAAGCUGUUUGUCAGUUAAGAAAUAUAAAAACGGCAAUCCCUACAGGGUAUUCAGAGAUGUUGCAAAGCGUUUCGGGGAACUUUAUCCUAAAACUUUUGAGGUCCAGAAUAACAAAGAGGAGAGAUUAGGUGAUGGACGCGCAGGUGUCAUAACAAAUAUGAGACACAAGGACAACAAUUUUAACAGAUGGCCCAAUCAAUCUUCUAUUUCGAAUAAUUUUGGUGUCAGUUCCGGUAAAAUUAAAUUUUUGCAAAUGGCUAGAGCUUGAAGCUCUAAUUGGCAAACGUCACUCGAUAUAAAAUUCAAAAUAUUAGAAAGCCAGAUGCUCUUCCUCCAUAAGUGGAACAAAACUAGCACAACUUUGAAAGAUUAACCAAGGAGGAAAAAAAGACAUGGCAAUGAAAUACUUCCCAAUCAUGUUCAUCUCUGAGCGAAAAAUUUUAAACAACCUUGACAAUUCACCAACUGUCGAAGAUGUGCUAUAUUAUUGACCUGUUUUCUAAAGCACUAAGUUGUAUAUUUGGCAUUAUCUACUGUUGACGGGUCAACUAAUAGAAAGGUUUUCAGAAGAAUUGAGGAGGAGUGACCAGAAAAUAUUUGUGUUUGAACACAGGAAGCAUAUCAGUUUAAGUUCCUCUGCCAAUUCCGAAGAUAUUAUGAGAAAAAUCACCAAACAUUUUAAGGAAAAACACGACUCUCUGUUCCUUCAGUAUCCUGCAUGCUAGAUGCUUACAGAAAAAUGUACAGAUCAGAAGGUAUGGCUGGUCUUUAUCGAGGAUUUUGGAUAAGCUCAAUUCAAAUAGUGUCUGGAGUAUUUUAUGCAACGACUUACGAGGGUGUUCGUCAUUUGCUUGGACAAAAUGAAGUCACAUCCAAGCUGGACACCCGCUUCAAGGCCUUAAUUGGAGGAGGUGCUGCAAGUCUCGUAGGUCAUUCUAUAGUUAUACCAUUUGAUGUGCUUAGUCAACAUUUAAUGGUAUUGGGUGUGAAUAUUAAGCACGGCAGGCUAGUCGUCGAUAAGAUGAGUAUGAAUCCAUUGGGAUUAACCUUUCAACCAGGAAUGUCUCGUGCACAAAUCUCAUCAGAAAUAGUAAGACUGAUAUAUCAACGGGACGGCAUACGUGGAUUUUAUAGAGGAUACAUCGCAUCGCUUUGCGCAUAUGUUCCUAACAGUGCAUUAUGGUGGGGAUUGUAUACAACAUACCAAGAAGAACUGAUUCGAGCGUUACCCAUGUGGGUAUCCCACUUGUUUAUCCAAGCAGUGGCUGGAACACUUGGAGGUUUUACUACGACUAUUAUAACGAAUCCUUUAGAUAUAGUGCGAGCUCGAUUGCAAGUGCAGCGACUAGACAGUAUGUGCAAUGCAUUGAAAGUGCUUUGGGCUGAGGAAAGACUAAAGAUGUUCACAAAAGGUUUAUCUGCGCGACUUGUACAAUCCGCUUGUUUUAGUUGCUCGAUAAUAUUGGGCUACGAAACCAUCAAGAGAUUCAGCGUUAACGAAGAAUACAAAAGCUAUAUCAGAUGGUGAAGGUGUUAUUUUAAGUUACUACAUUAACUGCUGUGAAAAAUGUAUAAGAGGGAUUCAUUCCAUUUAGCUCUACUGGUUUUAGCCCUCAUGCCGUGUAAAUAAUUUUAAACUGAGUCAUUAAUCGAGCUGGAAUGCGAUAUUGAGUCAGUAAAUCGUCUUCAUCAAAGACAGAGGCCAAAGUUAAUUUGGCUGUUUUCCUGUAUAUAAACGAAAUGCGUAACUAUUACUCAUUGUGUACAUACGACGAAUACUAGUUGAUUUAAAAAAAUGCAAGCUGGUUAACACUGCAUUGUCUGCAUUCAUGCAAUAUAUUAUCCUUUAUCUUGUUCUUUUAACGACAAUUUUUUUAUGAAUAUGAUUUUUAGCAAUUAAAAUUAAUACUGCAUAGUAUGUGACUAUGCAAAAAUAUCAGGUCCAAAUAAAUGUAAGUAUAAAUGACA